CACCGAUCUGGGAUAUUAACGGACGCUCGCGCUCGGAGACAGAACUACAGGAAGAAAGAUGAAGGGACUUUGGGUUCUGCUGGCACUGUGUGCGACCGUUUUGGGCAAGGAGACCUUCGAGGGACACCAGGUCCUUCGGAUCACCGCCGUGAAUGAGGCUGAGAUUGAGCUCCUGAAGGAACUUUCGGAAUACGAGCACCUUGGGCUGGAUUUUUGGAUGGAUCCCGUCGACGUGUCUCUCCCUGUCGAUGUCCGUGUUCCCUUCAGCAGCCUGCAGGCCGUCAGAGCGUUCCUGGGCUACCAUGAGAUCCACUAUGAGACCAUGAUCCAGGAUCUUCAGGAUCUUCUCGAUGCAGAGCAGCGUGAGAUGUUGAAAUCCAGAUCCGUGGAGCCGAGAAGCACCAACGAUUAUAACUACGCCAGCUAUCACACGCUGAACGAGAUCAACAGCUUCAUGGACAUGUUGGUGCAGGAGAACCCUGGAUUCGUCAGCAAGCUCGUGAUCGGACAGAGUUACGAGAAACGUCCGUUAAACGUCCUGAAAUUUAGCACUGGUGCUAACCGGCCUGGUCUUUGGCUCGACACUGGAAUUCACUCCAGAGAAUGGGUGACCCAGGCUAGCGGAACCUGGUUCGCUAAGAAGAUUGUGACAGAUUACGGACGUGACGCUGAGCUGACAGACAUCCUCAACAAGUACGACAUUUUCCUGGAGAUCGUCACCAAUCCUGAUGGAUUCCAGUUCACCCACAGCAGCAACCGCAUGUGGCGCAAGACGAGGAAACCUAAUCCUGGAUCCAGCUGCAUCGGUGUCGACCCCAACAGGAACUGGGACGCUGGAUUCGGAGGUGCCGGCUCUAGCGGUAGCCCUUGCACGGAGACGUAUCGUGGACCGAGCGCUCACUCCGAGCCUGAGGUCAAAGCUAUCGUGGACUUCGUUAAGUCUCAUGGCCAGAUUAAAGCCUUUGUGUCCAUCCACAGCUACUCCCAGAUGCUCCUGUACCCGUACGGAUACACCAAAACUCCCUGCAAGGACCAGGCUGAGCUGCAUGAGCUGGCACGAAAGGCCGUGACUGACCUGAGCAGCCUGUAUAACACUCAGUACAGAUACGGCAGCAUCAUCAACACCAUCUACCAAGCAAGCGGUGGCACCAUCGACUGGACCUACGAUCAGGGCAUCAAGUACUCCUACACCUUCGAGCUGAGAGACAACGGACGAUACGGAUUCAUCCUGCCAGCCAAUCAGAUCGUCCCGACUGCUCAGGAGACCUGGUUGGCCCUCAUGGCCAUCAUGAAGCACACCAAGAACAACCCGUAUUAAACCAGGAGCUCGACUCGACUCGACUC